AACUGAAAGCAACCCCGGGCUCCUGACAAGGUGGGCAACUUGCAUGCACCGUCCAUACAAAGCAUGGCAUGUCAUUUGUAACACGACAUGUUAGCUACCCUUAGCUCCUGACAUUAAAGGGGCUUUGACUAGACCCAGAAACGGGUUGUAUGUUACGGUUAUCAAUUCACCAAUGGUGCAAUCAGAAGAAUAGGAAAUAGAUUAUUUGUAUCAGUCGGCACUGCUAUGGAGGAAGUGUAGUCUAACGUUAGGAGUAGUAUUGCUGUCUAACGUUGGAGCUAGCUCAUCGAACUGCGGUUAAGUCUGCAGAAACUCGGAUCUCCGUGGUCAAGUCAGCCGACACUGAAAUCUUAGUGCACCUAUAUGCUAACACUCACGGCAACGGAGUCUGUGAUCUGAGCGAGAAGCAGAGCAGCCUGCAGUCUGUGAAGAACAGCAGGCGAAGCAGGAAGAGGACUGGAUCAUCAUCUGUGCAGAGAAGGAUCAAAGAGGGCUGCUGAUGGCUGGCUUUCUGGAUAACUUCCGCUGGCCAGAGUGCGAAUGCAUUGACUGGCGGGAGAGGAGGAAUACAGCAGCUUCUAUUGUCUCUGGAGUUCUGUUCUUCACAGGCUGGUGGAUCAUGAUUGACGCAGCAGUUGCGUAUCCAUCACAGGGCCAGAUGAACCAUGCAUUCCACACAUGUGGCGUCUUCUCCACAUUAGCAUUCUUCAUGAUAAAUGCAGUUUCUAAUGGCCAGGUGAGAGGGGACGCAUAUGGAGAGGGCUGCCUUGGCAGGACAGGAGCUCGUCUCUGGCUGUUUAUUGGCUUCAUGAUGAUGUUUGGCUCGCUCAUUGCCUCUAUCUGGAUUCUGUUCGGUGGCUAUGUGGUGGCAAAGAAAGAAGUGGCACCUGGGCUGGCAGUGUUCUUUCAGAAUGCCUUCAUCUUCUUUAGCACUCUGAUCUACAAGUUUGGCCGGACUGAAGAUUUAUGGGGUUAGAGGGUCUUAUCUUAUUACUGACUAUCACACAAUCACACUCAAACACACACAGUCUUGAAACAGUUUUUGGAACAAGUUUUUUCAAAGCUAUAAAGUUUCGACCCCAGACACACACAUGGAUUCACAGAGGCGGCUGUGGCUCAGUGGAGAGCAGGGUCGUCCUCCAAUCAGAGGAUCGGCGGUUCGGCGGGCAAGACACUUAACCCCAAAUUGCUCCCGCAGGCUGUUCCUGUGGUGUAUGUAUGUGUAUGAAUGUUAGUUAGGGUCCUGAUGGGCAGGUGGCACCUUGCAUGGUAGCUCCUGUCAUCAGUGUAUGAAUGGGUGUGAAUGGGUGAAUGAUUAGUAAUGUAAAAGCGCUUUGAGUGGUCGGAAGAAAAGCGCUAUACAAGUACAGGCCAUUACCAUUACAGAAUGUUUUAUAACCUGCAUUUGCUUUUGAAAUAGAAACCCAUUAGUGCUGCUCCACACACACACACACACACACACACACACACACACACACACACACACACACACACACACACACACACACACACACACACACACACACACACACACAUUCACACAGAGACACACACUGCAUACGUUUUGUACACUCUAUAUCUGUGCUGUUUUUUCAAAAUGUUUGAAUUUAAAUGAGGGAAAUUCUGGUUUGUUAUUGAGAACUAAGGAGCCAGUUUCACUUCAUCUUGUUCUUUCUCAGAUGCAGAAGUGUCAAUUCAUGUCAUCAUGUGUUUAGUAUGUUGAGGGUUACAAUGUAAAUACACUGUAAUGAAUGAGAAAGUAAACACACCACCACCGGGGUGUGUUUACACUUGCUGUCUCUACUUACGCUGCUCAUAUUGUAUGCUUGUAUGUGAGAUAAUUUCAUACACUGGAUGAUAAUGUAUUUUAGAUGAUAAGAGUUUUUUUCAUGGGUCAUUCUGCCUCAGGUGGAAGUGUGUUUUUACUAAAUCUGUUUUGUCUUCUUGUACUUGCUCCUUGAUAAGCUCUGCUUUCUACCAGAAAAUGUUAUGUAAAGUGAGGUGUAAGUAUUCAGACAGUUAGAUCUUUUGCCGCCAUUUAAAGAAUUUAGGUAUAUACCAAAUCUUGUGAAACUAUUAUUAAUACAGUUAUGUAUUAUUAAAAGACUUGUACUUGCUAUCAUAUGUAGUGUUCAUAUGUGUCUAUUUGCAUGGGCUAAAACUACUGUGGAAAAACCAGGGCUUUGGGAUUAUUUCCUUUUUUCCCUACACCUUUUUAAUCAUUUGUGUAACUUGUCAAAAGCUUUAAACGUGAAAAAUAAAGACAAUGUUUGCUUAAAGAAUGCUGUAGAUAAUUAUCCGUAUCCAUCCAUUUAGCUGUCAAAGAGAAGCAGAGAACCAUUUGUUUGUUAGAAUGC